UACAACAUUUAACGUCAAUAAGCAGACGUUUAAAACUUGAAUCCAACAAAUAACACCAACAUUUAACUUUUAAAUUCAUAAAUAAUUUUUUAAUUAAUUAAAUUCAUUAAAACGAAGUUAUUUUACUUAAAAUACUUAAAUUGAUCAUGUGGUGUUCAUGCUAGUUUCUUGACCGAUAUUGGUUGAACCAAUUUCAACCGACCGACAUGCCACCGGCAUGACAAUCAUGGUUAAUGAUCUGAUCGUUUUGACGCGAUAUAACCUGAAUAUAUGAAAAGUCAUUAUAAUGUUCAUAUGUUUAUAUCAAACGGGCAAUCGGAUAUGGCAACUUCUUUCUUUGAAUAAUCGACAAGACAACGUUUGGGGUAAGAGACCCACACAACAAACUAUUUGGUUGUCAACCCAAUUUAGCCCGUUUGUUCCGAGUAAGUGGAUUGAGAGUUAAUGGUUUGAUCGUUUUGACUCGAUUUAACCUGGAUAUAUCGAGAGUUAAUGGUCUGAUCGUCCUCACUGAUUCAUACCACGCAGCUACCGGUAACCUAAUCCGAGGUCAUUUAGGUCGCUGCCUUACCGUGUACGUGAUGAACCUGGGGAUUUUCUCCAUUACUCGGACAAAGUUAAGAGGCGUUGUGGAUAGGUUACAGUUGGUUUGGAACAUGGAUUUCAGACUUGUCCGCGUGAAGCUAGAUUCUCUUUGUGCGAUCCAACUACUCAGAGCUCGGAGGCACUAUACCACCAUCAGGAGGCCAUUACUCAUAGAUUCAGGGAGCUCCUCACUCACCAAUGGGAAGUUAAUAUUUUCUAUGUUUUUAGAGAGGAAAAUAAGCGUGAGGACCACCUUGCUAGCUGAGUGCAUAUGUUACCCCUGAGGUGUCAUUAUAUUUCUUGUUCUGAUCCUGCUUUGACGUGUUUCAUCUUAUACGAUUGUUUUGGGAUCGCUGAAUCCCGUUUGAUGUUGAAUGAAGAGUGGGGUGUUCUGCGUCCAUUUAUAAAAAAUAAAAAAAAGACUAAGAGUGGGAAAUUUUCGCGGAGAGAAGAGAGGGGUAAUGGAGAAGAGCGAGGGAGAUUUUCGGUAGGUUGCCCUCAUUUAAUUUUCACCCGCCAUUUUCCUUAUUUAAUUCACACAUUCCCCAUCAGUAGAGCGUAUCACCGUCACCGAAUCGACAUUUACGAUUGCAGCUACGGCUAACCAAUCAGCACAAUCGAUAAUCGGCUUCGAUUGGCCAUCCAGACACUUAUCAACUGCCGAUUAACCACAAAAUCGGUUCGGUUAAAGUUGCAACCAAACCGACUUUCACCCCUAGACUUCUGUAUCCCCGUUGAAGUCGUUUAUAAUCUUUGCUUCUUUUUAAGUACUGGUUACGGUGUCGUUUCGCAGGGUCGCGUUUUAGUUUGGCUGUUGCAGUGAACGCCACUUCCGUGGCCGUCUGUCUGAAUUUUAACAGAAGUGCAGAACUGCAAAGCCUCGGCUUCUUCUCUCUCAAUCUCUCUCGCCGGAGAAAUUUCAGGUAGCUGACACUUGGAAUUAUGGCCAGGUCGUUUUCGAGCUCCGGUAGCUUGUUCAGGCUUCCAGGCCUUCUCAGGCAGCUGGAGCAAGAGGUGGAAACGGUGGUCAAGGUGCUGCAGCCUGGGCCACUCGGGAUAAUCGAGCACAAAUUCUCAAACGAGGAGAUACGCGAAGCAGAUGCUACUGUCCGACGGGCCGUCGAGAACUGGCGAAGGAAUGCUAACCUUGAGCAGAACAAUCUCAAGGAUUUUAUUCAGAAAUGAUUUCUCCUUGCGUAGUUGUUUUCUGUAAGCUCUAGUCAGUGUCUCUGUUUGAUUACUUGGCAGUCUUGAUUCUCGUCUGAGAAAUUCAAUAGUUGUCAGCAAAAAAUUAUGUGUGGUGAUGGAUGCAAAUCCUGGAAUUCUCGUCUAUUGACGGUUUUGUGUACGCUUGUGAAUGACAAAGUUGAAUCGUUAAUGGAUUUAUGUUAAUGGAGUAAUUCUCAGAUCUUUUGUCCUUCUGGGUCAUCAUUUUUGCUGGGAAUGGGAUGCUGAUGUUUCCAUUCUCCCUAAACUAUAGAAGAUGGUUUAUUCUGUUGCUUCCAUAAUAUCCAUAGCAAAGAGGGACUUGGAAAAGAAAGUGAAGAAGAAGAGAGACAAGAAAAGUAGGGUGUUUUUCUUUUUGUGUGUGAGGGGGGUGGGUGGUUACUAGUGCUCAUUGUUUUGCAUCUACAGAAUCGAACAGAUGUUUCUCAAUGCAGUGGUGUUUGUGGGAUGCUUAGAAACAUGAGGAAAUCAGCUCAAAUAAAGACAGAGUUGGCUG